GAAGGAUCCUAAAAACUGUACAGAAAAUCAAGAUGAGUGAUACUUCUGAAGUGAUUCCAGAUUUUGAAGAGAUGUUUGCAAGCAGAUUCACACAAGAUGACAAAGAGUACCAAGAAUACUUGAAAUGUCCUACUGAAUCACCCCCAAUUGUUGAGGAAUGGAAUAGCAGAGCCAAUGGUAACCAAAGAAAUCGAGGCAACUGGCUGCAAGAUAACAGACAGUUUAGAGGUAGGGAUAACAGACGAGGAUGGCCAAGUGACAAUCGAUCAAAUCAGUGGCAUGGACGGUCAUGGGGAAACAAUUACCCACAGCGGAGACAAGAGCCUUACUAUCAACAGCAAUAUGGACAAUAUGGUCACAAUCAGCGGCCUCCAUACAGUUACUACUGA